CUACCUUUCCUUUCGCACCACUUGAAGAUAAAAAAAUAUCUAAACAUCAAAUGCAUUUGGAAAUUGGAAGCACCAAAUUGUUUAUCUUUCCAUGUUGACAAAAUGCCACCAUCAUCAUCAUCAUCAUUCAUUCUCUUCAGUGGUAAGAAGCAGAAGCAAAAGCAGAAGCAAAAGCACUUGCCUUAGAGAAUGGGAGAUGGUAGGGGGUCUAUUCUCCUAUGAUUCCCAACCAUGAUCUCCAUCUAGAGCCAAAGUGAUUGCAGGCCUGAUUGGCUUUGAAGACAAGUUUUGGGCUUUUGGGAAAAGCAGCUUUUGCCUAACUUCCAAUCUUAUGAUUAGGCUCCUGAAGAAUCUAGAGGGCAUCAUGAAGGGAAUCAUGGUAUUGGGUUGUUGCUGCUGGUUGCUGCUUUGAUAACCAACUGACGAAAUCUGUGUCGUCUAAUACCGAGCCGAUUUGACGGAGUUGGCACUUCGGCGAGGCGCGGAAAUGGAGACGAUUCUCAAGCGUUUCUUGGUGUUUGCCCUGCUGCUUCAAUUCAGUUCUGGAACUACAGAUACACAAGAUACUGCUGCUCUUCGGGCCUUGAUGAGUCAAUGGCAAUACACACCACCAAGCUGGGGGCAAUCGGACGAUCCGUGCGGCACACCGUGGGAAGGAAUAAGCUGCAGCAAUUCAAGAGUAACUGUGUUGAAACUGUCGACUAUGGGCAUCAAAGGUACACUAAGCGGUGAUAUAGGGCAGCUCAGUGAACUGCAAUCCCUUGAUCUGUCGUACAAUAAGGAGUUACGUGGUACCCUACCUCCAGAUAUCGGAAACCUGAAAAAGCUCACCACUUUGAUCUUGGCCGGAUGCAGCUUCAGCGGUACCAUCCCAUAUCAAAUAGGAAGUCUAGGAAAGCUCUCAUACUUGGCCUUAAAUUCAAACCAACUAGGUGGCAAGAUACCUGCUUCCUUGGGUAAUCUUUCCAAACUUUACUGGCUAGAUGUCGCAGACAAUCAGCUGACAGGGCCUCUUCCCAUCUCAACUGAAAAUACCCCAGGAUUGGACAAACUCAUCAACACUAAGCACUUCCACUUCAACAAGAAUCAAUUAACAGGUCCAAUCCCAGAAACUCUCUUCAGCUCUGAAAUGACGCUGAUACAUGUUCUUUUUGACGGAAAUAAGCUCACUGGGACAGUUCCAACUUCCCUAGGACUUGUUCAGACACUUGAGGUCGUACGACUGGAUAGAAACACCCUGAGCGGCCCAGUUCCUUCCAAUUUGAAUAAUCUUACCCAUGUCAAUGAGCUUAACUUAGCAAACAACCAGCUAAGUGGAUCGCUUCCAGAUCUGACGGGAAUGAACGCCCUCAAUUACGUUGAUUUGAGCAACAACACAUUUGAUCCUUCAAAAAGCCCGAUUUGGUUUUCGGAUCUGCAAGCUCUUACUGCUUUAAUUAUACAAUCAGGAGGGCUUUAUGGUAAAGUUCCACAAGAGUUAUUCAGCCUUCCUCAACUGCAACAAGUAAUACUAGAUAACAAUGAAUUCAAUGGUACUCUUGACAUGGGCAGCAGCAUCAGCGAGGACUUAUCAAUCGUGAGUUUCAAAAAUAAUGCCUUUACCUCGCUAACGGUGAACUCCGUCUACAAUGGAACUCUCAUACUAGCAGGAAAUCCAGUUUGCGAUAAAUUGACCAAUACUCAGUACUGCAAUCUGGCGCAAAAGCAACAAAUGCCUUAUUCGACGAGCCUCACAAAGUGUUCCUCUAACUCCUGCCCCCUUGAUCAAAGCCUGAGUCCUCAAAGCUGCACUUGUCAGUAUCCAUACGAGGGAGUGAUGUAUUUCAGGGCACCGUUCUUCCGAGAUGUCACAAAUAGUUCCCUUUUCCAAUCACUUGAGAUGAGCCUCUGGACAAAACUUGAUCUAACUCCUGGUUCGGUUUUCCUUCAAGACCCCUUCUUCAACGGUGAUUCUUAUUUGCAAGUACAAGUAAAGCUCUUCCCGUCCGGCGGAAAUUACUUCAACCGAUCGGAGAUUAUGCGAAUUGGGUUUGAUUUAAGUAACCAGACUUACAAACCCCCACAUAUGUUUGGUCCAUAUUACUUCAUUGCUUCUCCCUAUCCUUUCCAAGCAGUUGAAGGGAGAGGCUCAUCAAAGAAUACCGCCUUGAUCAUCGGAAUAGCAGUCGGUUGUGCACUUUUGGUCGUCGCACUUUUUGCAGCAGGCAUCUACGCUGUAAAACAGAAGCAACGAGCUAACAGGGCCAUGGAACUGAGCAGACCUUUCGCAUCAUGGUCUCGUACCGAAGACAGCAGUGGGGCACCACAAUUGAAAGGAGCAAGAUGGUUUUCCUAUGAUGAGCUAAAGAAAAGCACCAACAACUUCUCGGAAUCUAAUGAAUUAGGAUUCGGAGGUUACGGAAAGGUCUAUAGAGGAAUGCUUCCAAAUGGGCAAUUGGUUGCUAUUAAGAGGGCACGGCAAGGAUCAAUGCAAGGCAGUGUUGAGUUCAAGACUGAGAUCGAGUUGCUAUCUCGCGUUCAUCACAAGAAUCUAGUAGGCCUAGUAGGUUUCUGUUUCGAGCAAGAAGAGCAGAUGCUUGUAUAUGAAUUCGUCGCCAAUGGAACACUGCGGGAUUGCCUAUCCGGAAAGAGUGGAAUAUACCUGGAUUGGAAGAGGAGACUCCGGGUCGCACUGGGCUCAGCUAGAGGACUGUCUUAUCUUCACGAACUCGCAGAUCCUCCAAUUAUUCAUAGAGAUGUCAAAUCGACUAAUAUCCUACUCGACGAAAACUUAACUGCAAAAGUUUCAGAUUUUGGCCUCUCCAAGUUGGUCUCAGAUAGUGAGAAGGGGCAUAUUUCUACCCAAGUAAAAGGAACAUUGGGUUAUCUGGACCCCGAGUAUUACAUGAUGCAGCAACUGACGGAGAAGAGUGAUGUUUACAGCUUCGGUGUGGUAAUGUUAGAACUAAUAACUGCUCGACAACCGAUAGAGAAGGGCAAGUAUGUAGUUCGAGAGGUGAAGCAAAGAGUAGACAUGAAUGAUGAAGAAUAUUGCAGCCUCAAGGAGUUAAUGGAUCCCAAAGUCUUGAACACAACCCACUUAAUAGCCUUCAAUAAAUUUGUGCAGUUAGCUUUGAGAUGUGUGGAAGAAUCGGCAGCAAGUCGGCCGACGAUGAGCGACAUCGUGAAGGAAAUUGAAACAAUGCUGCAUAGUGAUGGACUGAACACAAACUCUACUUCUGCUUCUUCAUCUGCCACUGAUUUUGGAAGUGCAAAAGGCGCUCCUCACCACCCUUACGACGACUCUUCGAUUAAGAAGGACGUUAGCAGCGGUGCAUUUGAAUACAGCGGCGGUUACUUAUUUGCGGGAAAAAUUGAACCCAAAUAGCAUGAAAUGAAUGCAACCUCCCUUCAGCCUAAUUCUUUCCAGUCUUGUUCUCACCCGACCUCUAUCUGUGGGGAUCCUUGUACAUUUAGAUGCUUUUCUUUUAAGCUGAGUCGCGUGAAAGCUGUACUACUAUUUCUUUUAAGCUGAAGUGCUUUUGUAUACUGUUUUGGAUGAUCAAAAGAUGUCAAAGAUCAAGGUAUGAUAUGCCGUUCCAGCAAUUGAUUCUGUA